AUGAUUAGGGUGUUGCUCCUGCUCGUGUUCGUCUUCGAAAACAGCAUCUGUCUCACCGAAAAAGGAAGGAUUGCCUUGACAAGGGCGUACAGAGGCAUCGACUUGGAAAAGCGUCAUGAAAGGCUGAGGAAUCUCGGCUCAAGAGGACUGGGACGAAAUAUUACAGCUGCAAUGGAAAGAAAAAAGCAUCUUACAAACGGCACAGUCCCAAAUGCAAAGAGUGGAGAAGACGGUUCAAUACUCGAAGAGGCAUCAAUCGAAGAGAUGAAUCAGGUGGAAGGAGUGGACGAGUACUUGUUCGACGCAGACAUGAUCCUUACAGAUGAACAGCUGAGUGCUUUCGAAAAUUCUCUGGAAAAUCGUACUCGCGUAAAGCGCCAAAUUGCUGAUGGUGCUGUCCGUUGGGCGGACAACAAAGUCUACUACUACUUUGACACGACUAUAACAGCAGCCCAUCAGGCUUAUGUUAGGACGGUGCUGAAAUACCUUCAGGCUCGUACGUGCCUUACUUUCAUCGAAGAUGCUACAGCAACAAAUCGUAUUAGAGUAUUCAACGGAGGUGGCUGUUAUUCGGGUGUUGGCAUGGGUGGAGGGGAACAAGACUUGUCAUUGGCUGGUUACUGUAUCGUUGUAGGAACGGUUGCUCAUGAAUUCACACACGCGCUCGGGGCUUUACAUAUGCAUAUGCGUCACGACCGAGACACCUACAUUACGGUCGAUACCACCUAUGUCAAGUCCCACGCUCUUCAUGAUAACUUUCUCGACCUUUUCAAAGCGGCAUUUUGUUUGGAUCCUUAUCAAAUGAAGUACAAAGGGUACAAUGUGUCCCUUCCUGUCCAUGUGUAUAUUCAAGCGAAAGAAAAGUCGAAUGAGUAA